GUCACCGCUCUGCCCGCUAGGCACGGGCGGGGCUUUGGCGAUGACGUCAUCGCUCGGAGGCGCCGGCGGCGGCCGGGGACUCGUCGCGGGGAGGAUGGCGGCGGAGGGGGGCCGGGUGCAGAUCUCCUUCCCCCAGCACGCGGCGGCGCUGCUGGAAUCCCUCAACCGCCUACGGUUGGAAGGGAAGUUCUGCGACGUGGCCGUCCACGUGGGCGGCCGGAUCUUCCCGGCCCACAAGAGCGUCCUGGCCGCCGCGUCACCUUUCUUCCACGACAAGCUGCUGCUGCAGGAUGGGGGGCGCUUGCUGCUGCCCCCCGCCAUCGACCCCGAUGCCUUUGAGGGGCUCCUUCAUCUCAUCUACUCGGGACGCUUGUCGUUGCUGUUGGAGGCCCUGCCUGGUCAUCUCUUGGUGGCCAGCGGUCUCCAGAUGUGGCACGUGGUGGAUCAGUGCUCGGAGAUCCUGAGGGAAUUGGAGGGUGGGGUGUGUCGGUGGGCUGGGCGGGGCAGCGAAGUGACGUCGUCAUCAUCAUCGAUUGGCCGCGGCGGUGAGGCUUCAUCAUCAUGGACCACCCGUGGUGGAGAUGGGUCUUCAUCAUCAUCCUGGACCAUCCGUGGUGGAGACGGGUCUACGUGUACCACUCAUGGUGGAGAUGGAGCGUCGUCGUGGACCAACCGUGGGGAUGGAUCUUCGUGUAGCACCCACGGUGGAGACGGAGCGUCGUCGUGGCCCACCCGUGGUGGAGAUGGGUCAUCAUGUCCCACCCGCGGUGGUGACGGAGCGUCAUCGUGGCCCACCCGCGGUGGCGAUGGGUCUUCGUCAUCCUCGUGGACCGCGCGCGGUGGCGACGGCUCGUCGUGUCCCACCCGCGCUGGUGAUGGAGGAUCCUCGUGGUCCACCCGUGGUGGUGACGGCUCUUCGUCGUCCUCAUCAUCGUGGCCUGCGCGCGGUGGUGACGGCUCUUCGUGGGUCACCCGUGGUGGCGACGCAGCGACGCCAUCUUUCGCCAAGGAGGGGGGUGAGGAGGUCCUCAAAAUCCGCGUGGCCGCUGACAUGACGCCAGCGGCGACGUCGUCCCUCAGCUCCCUCCUGAAGGACGCCGGCGAGGAGGUCCUCAAAAUCUGCGUGGAGGAGGAGGAAGAAGAAGAAGAAGAGGAGGAAGAAGAGGGCGGGCACCAACGCCGUCACCGCCCCACCGACGCCCUCCAAAUCGUGCUGGAGGAAGAGGAAGAGGAAGACGGGGCGCCCGGAGACGCCCAUGAGCCACCCAAAAUCUUCUACAUCAAGCAGGAGGCGGGUGACGCCGCCGCCGCCGUUGAGGGCCUCCUGCCGGCGGCGGAGUUGGCGGGCGGCUUCGUGCCGGCGGAGGUGAGCUACGUCAUCCCAUCAGGCGGCAGCGGGACGACGGUGACGACCGGCGGUACGAUGAUGACAACCGGUGGGUCGGCUGUCUUCCCGCAACCAUCUUGGAAGCCGGUGGACCUUCACGGGAAUGAGAUCCUGGGCCGAGGUCAAGCCCUCCACGCCCCGGUGAAGUUAGGAGCGGCUCCGGACGGUAAACGUUUCGGUUGCCUGUGCGGUAAACGGUUUGCCGUCAAACCCAAGCGGGAUCGACACAUCAUGUUGACCUUCAGCUUGCGUCCCUUCGCCUGCGCCGCCUGUCACAAGCGGUUUAAGCUGAAACAUCAUUUGACGGAGCACAUGAAGACCCACGACGGCGCCGGGCGGGCCUGCGAGCGCUGUGGCCGGCGCUUCCGCCUGCGGAGCGGUUUGGCUAAACAUCGGCCGCUCUGUCAGGGGGCUCGUUGGGGAGGGGGGUGCUGGGCCUGCGAGUGAGGGGGGGAGGGUAGAGGGG